AUGGCUCGAUGCUGCGAGCUCGAGGCCCUACUAGGCAGUGUAAGGCCCGGCCUAAAAACUGGAGAUGCAGGAAAUAGACGGGUCCAAGUUUAUGCACCUGGAGACUCGCCUCCUGAGUACGAAUGCGGGCCUUCUAGUGUUAGAAAGACUUUAACGGCCGAAACAAUCACAGAGUCCUAUAAGAGACCACUUUAUACGAUCCUAGCAGCGCAGAUCGGUGUGGAUGUAUUUAGCGGAUAUAGAUCUGAAUGGCCGCGAGCGAGGUCCAUGGCUGAGUAUGAGAACACGAUUGUGAGCGAGAGUCAUCUUAGAAGAUCCAUUUUCGCAAGGAAACAGUUCCAGUGCGAUUUCCGUGGAGCGGGCGCAAUUGACAGCCUGAGCGUUUGUCAACCAACCGUUUUGGGGGACGGAAACAAGGAGAGUAGUUUUGACUUCUCUCGUGCUUUGCGGGAGCUGGCCGCAAUCAUCAGGAAUGAAGGCAAGUCGUACUACGUCUUCGAGGCGGCCCGGAACGACAACCUCAUGAACCACUUCAAUCCAGCCAUUAUCUUAGGCUGGCUAGUUAAUAUCGACAUAUCCCCUUGCACCAGCUUACUGGCAGUUAUUACGUAUGCUGAGAAGACGGAGCCCUACUGUAAGCUUACAGACCGGGAAGGCACGCGGAUGGUGGUCUCUGUGGACUGCCGUCCGUUGGAGCAACAUGCGCGUUCGUAUCGCGUUGACGAAGAUAUUAAUGAGACCAUUAGCAACUACAUGAAGUAUCUCGAGAGAAAUAAGCAAUAUGAGGAUGUAACCUACCUCGACGUCAAGACGUGGAGGAGAUUCGCUGCCCAGGCGAAGAAGAGGGUCCUCUCUUACUUCCCUCGAUACAGGUCCACAGAGGCUUCUCCCCAGUUUAACGACUUCUGCCGUGUCAAAUUGAUGAUGUCUCAUCCACACCGCUCUCCAGAGGAGUUGUACGCAGUGGGCGGGCAGCAGUUCGAUUCCUUCGCGGCGGCGUACAAGUGUUGCAGAUGA